AGUUGUUCUGAGUUCAUAGCACAGAGUAAAUUAUCGCUUAUACAUUUAUAUUAAUUUCAUACUUCGUACCUCUCGCCUUCGUAGCGCGGUAUUUGCUAUUUUACAUAUGAUUCAUUAUAGAAGUAAAAAACGAAAAAUAUAAUUAUUGAUUAUUUUAAGUAAUUAAAAAAAAUCUUGUUUUACUUAUACUUGGUAAUAUUAUACAAAAUAAACUAUUGAAUAUCAACAGUGAUCUAGGCCAUAUAUAUAUUUGAAAGCGUUUACAUUAAUAUAAUGGGGGGUACUUCAAAGGCCUUAUCAUUUACUGUACAAUCAGAAUGCCCAACGUCACGAGCUCGUGCUGGAAUUAUGAAAUUACCACACUACAAUGUCAAAACACCAGUAUUCAUGCCAGUUGGAACGCAGGGAACAAUGAAAGGACUGUUACCGGAUCAGCUAGAAAAUUUAGAUUGUGAGAUCAUAUUAGGAAAUACAUACCACUUAGGUAAUAGACCUGGAGUUGAUGUAUUAAAAAAAGCUGGUGGUCUUCAUAAAUUUAUGAAUUGGAAAAGAGCUCUUCUUACUGAUUCAGGAGGUUUCCAGAUGGUUUCAUUAUUAAAACUAGCUGAGAUUACUGAAGAAGGUGUAAAGUUUAGAUCACCAUAUGAUAAUUCUGAAAUUAUGUUAACCCCUGAAAAAUCUAUUGAAAUCCAAAAUUACAUAGGUGCAGACAUAAUAAUGCAGUUAGAUGAUGUUGUACAAACAACAUUUCAAGAUUAUGAUAGAAUUAAAGUAGCAACCGAAAGAACUAGUAGAUGGCUUGAUCGAUGCCUUAAGGCUCAUAAAAGACCUGAUGAUCAAAACAUAUUUCCCAUAGUACAAGGCUUACUGAAUCCUGAAUUAAGAAGACAAAGUGCUCAAGAGCAUAUGACUAAAGAUGUCAAUGGAUUUGCAAUAGGAGGACUCAGUGGAGGUGAAGCAAAAGAUGAUUUUUGGCCAAUGGUCAGUCUCGGAACAAAAAUAUUGGAUAAACACAAGCCACGAUAUUUAAUGGGUGUAGGACUAGCUAUAGACCUUGUUGUCUGUGUUGCACUAGGAGUGGAUAUGUUUGAUUGUGUGUUUCCGACUCGUACAGCUAGAUUUGGAUGUGCACUUGUAAAUAAAGGACAGUUAAAUCUGAAACAAAAACAGUAUCAGACUGAUCUCAAUCCAAUUGAUAAAAAUUGUGACUGUGCUACAUGUGAAAAUUAUACAAGAGCAUAUUUGCACUGCAUUGUAUCUGUGGAAACAGUUGCGUGCCAUUUAAUUUCUGUGCAUAAUAUCGCUUUCCAGAUGCGCCUGAUGAGAACAAUGAGAGAAAACAUUGAAAAUGGUACCUUCCCGAAAUUUGUCAAAGAUUUCUUCUGUGAAGUUUAUCCCGAUAAUAAUUUUCCAAAUUGGAUAGUAAACUCUCUUCAUUCUGUUGGAAUAAAUAUAAUAAAUACUUAAAAAUAACUUCUUAACUA